AUGUUGCCAGGGAAAGCAGAGAAAAGAAUCGCUUCAUCCAUCUUCAUCACCCUCGUGCCACCACAGAGGGACGUGGCCACCAAGGAGAAAACCCAGCGGGAGCCACAGCCAGGGGGUGCCGGGGUCCCUGGCACCCACCAGCCCCAGAUCCUGCUGUCAUCCCCCCAGUUACCCAGCGGAGAAACCCACACGGUGGCCCCUGUACCUGCAUCCCCACCAGUCCUGCCCCUCUCUGAAGUGCCCCAGCCUUUGUCCAUGGAGCCGCUGAGUCUGGCACUGCAGCAACUGGACCUUGCAGCACCCACCACCCUCCAGGCCCCUUCUACCUUCCCUGCUGAAUUGGAGCCACCCACAUUUUCCCAGGAGCAAGCAGGCAAGCGGCAGUGGCAGGAUGUGAAUGGGGACCCGGGGAGGGACAGCUCCAGAGACAUCUGUGCCUUCUGCCACAAAGCGCUGGGGCCCCGGGAGCCGACGGUGGAGGCGAUGCGGAAGCAGUACCACCCUGCCUGCUUCACCUGCCGCACGUGCCGCCGGCUCCUGGCUGGGCAGCGCUACUUCCAGAGAGACGGGUGCCCCACGUGUGACACCUGCUUCCAGGCCACGCUGGAGAAAUGUGCCAAGUGCCAGGGGCUGAUCACGGAGCACAUUGUCCGUGCCCUGGGCAAGGGUUUCCACCCCAGCUGCUUCUCCUGCGCUGCCUGUGGCCGGGCUAUCGGCACUGAGAGCUUUGCUGUGGAUGAGCAGGGUGAUGUGUAUUGCGUGCCCGACUACUACAGGAAAUACGCUGCGGUGUGCAGCGCCUGCGAGCGCCCCAUUGUCCCCCAUGAGGAUGAGGACACCUACAAGAUCGAGUGCCUGGGACGCAGCUUCCACGAGAGCUGUUACCGCUGUGAGAGCUGCAGGAUGCCCCUGUCGCCAGAGCUGACAGAGAACGGGUGCUACCCCCUGGACGACCACCUCCUCUGCAAGAACUGCCACAUCCACUGGCGCAACGAGUCGUCCUGCUGAGACCCUGCAGCUCAUCAACCCCUUCCAGUGCCAGGCACCAAAACGGGGGUGCCCCCAGUGGGAAGCACCCCAUGGCUGACCCUGGGUGCCUGCUGCACCCCCAAGUUACUGCAGAACUUGGUUUUCAUCACCAAAAUGUCCCCAGGACCCUGACCCAGUGGGUUGGCAGGGUGUAGAAUUGUGGAUAUGUCCCAGCACAACUCUGUGCUCAUGAUAAAUAUAAAAUGCCCUGACAGAGCAGCAAUGAGGAAUGGAGGGUUUAUUCCUUAUUUCUUUUUUUAAACUCCUUUUUCCAAAGGCCAGUUUGGUUUUCUUGGGUAGUUUUUCUUUCUUCUCAAGCUUCCUUGGGGUUUCACUGAAAUGUUUCUCUCUGUGGAGAACGGGCACUGAUUUAGUUACUCGCAGUUAAAUAAAACCCCAA